AUGUCAAACACGUCUACGCUUUCCUCCUCAAGUCGUCGUCUUGCCGCGUUUACUCGUCAAUUGCAGCCAAUACCAUGUACCAUGUCCACACGUGACGAGACAAUUGCUGAGCUUGCAGUGGAACGCGCUCGUGCCAGCUUUUGUCCUCGUGUAAUGGCCGACUUCCUUUAUGGUGGGAAGAAGCAGACGGAGCUCCGAUUGGAGUCCAUGAAGUUGUUAGAAGAUCACUUAGGAUUCCGUAAUGAUGUUGGUAUCUUUGAUCGGUCGCUUGAGCAGCAACGGGAGCACUCAAUUCAGCGCUUCCGACGUCUGCAUAUGCUGUUCAUGGAGCACGACGCGGACGUGGACAAGCGCGAGGCGCUGGCAGACAUUGUAGGCGUGUUUGACCUGUCAUUAUGGACACGUAAUGGAGUCCAUUUUGGCCUGUUUCUAGGUGCCAUCAUGGAUCGAGCGACAAAGUGGUGGAUUGGUGGCGCUGGGCAGACUGCCACGCACACCGUGUGCUUUGCGAAACUUGUGCUGCCGAAAGAUGGAGGUGUCGAUCACGGAGUUCAGAGCUUUAUUGUACCACUUCGUGAUGUAGAAACGCACGAGCCGCUUCCUGGUGUUAAAAUCGGGAAUUUUGGAGAAAGCCGUGACGAUUGCUGUGCGCUAUGCUGCUGUGCGUCGUCAAGGAUUGCAGAUACAUUCGGAGGACGACAUGCAGAGACGCGACUGCUAGACUACCAGACGCAUCAGUACCGUCUAAUGCCGUUGUUAGCUUGUGCCUUUGCGUACCGACUCCAGACCAGGCAUAUCGCACGUCUGCUGGAGCAAUUUGAUAUCGCUGGAAGCGAUAUCUCAGAGGCACUCUUGGCUGAUAUCCAUGGCACGAUGUCGGGCUUUAAAGCUUUUUGUACUUGGGACGUACAGGCAGCAAUUGAUGCUUGCCGUCAGAGCUGCGGUGGCAACGGAUACAGCAAGUACACGGGACUAGCAGAUUUGCUGGCAGAUUUUUCGGUUAUGUACUUGGAGAGAGAGCAGGCCAGCAAUCAACAUCGUCAGUGGGGUGUGGAAGGCAUCCAUGACUUGAAUGAUUCAGCGCUACUUUGCGAUGCGCUGGAUGUAUACACUGGCGAAGUGCUUCGAGUCGCAGUUAAGAUAGCUGUUGCUGAGGGAAAUACAGAAUUGAAACGCGUGAACUCGUGCUUGGUCGACCUCGUGGAGAUUGCACGCGUUCAUGAAUUGGACCGUGGUGCCGCUUUUUUGCUUAAGGAGAAGUUUAUGUCGUCAUAUCAGAGCAAUCUCGUGCGCGUGCAGCUCAUGAAAAACUGUGCUCGUGUGCGUGCUGACUGCGUCUCUCUCGUUGAUGCCUUCAUGCUCACGGACACGGUACUUAAUUCGUCAGUAGGCCGUUCUGAUGGCAGCAUCUAUGAAGGAGCAAUUAAUGCAGUACGCCACCGCACCGGCCCGACUCCAUAUUUUUCUACAUCGAUCAAGCCCAUGUUUGAUGGCAACCGACUCGAGUGA